AUGUUGGCAGCUCUCUUGGGCACAUGUGUGCUCUUCACACACGGAGUCACCAUAAAGUUUGCCAUCUUGGCUUUGUUUGUCGCAGGGGCAUAUGGCUGUGGCCAGUCCACCUUCCCUCCUGUUCUCAGUAGAGUGGUUGGAGGAAAUGAUGCCAGGAAGCACAGCUGGCCCUGGCAGGUGUCGCUGCAGUACAGUGCCCCAAGUGGAAACUGGUACCACACAUGUGGAGGUACCCUGAUCUCAGACCAGUGGGUUCUGACCGCUGCUCACUGCAUUGGAGAGAAGAAAUACCGUGUGUACCUGGGCAAACACAGCAUGAGAAACAAACAGGAGCCGGACUCCAUCGCCAUCAGCCCCUCCAAGCUCUUCACACACCCCGAAUACGACUCUUGGAAAAUCCGUAACGACAUUGCCCUGAUCAAGCUGUCCACCCCUGUGACUUUUACUGAUGCCAUAAAGCCCUCGUGUCUGCCCACCGCAGGGGAGGUGCUGCCCCAUGGACACCCCUGCUACGUCACUGGCUGGGGCCACCUUGAGAGUUCGGGCCCCAUGGCUGACAUACUGCAGCAGGCUCUCCUCCCGGUGGUCAAACAUGAGAUUUGCUCCACACCGGACUGGAUGGGAGGUAUGGUCACCACUAACAACAUCUGUGCUGGAGGAGACGGAAAGCGCGGCGGCUGCAAGGGAGACUCGGGUGGUCCUUUGAACUGCCAGGGCAAAGAUGGGUCCUGGGAGGUCCAUGGAGUAGUGAGCUUCUGCUCCAGCUUUGGGUGUAACUAUCGCAGGAAGCCCACCGUGUUCACACGUGUCAGUGCCUACAUGGACUGGCUCAACAGAGUGAUGACGAGUAACUAAACAUUGGUUUUCAUCUGUUGG